UCCCCCGCUCGUCAGUAAUCACAUGACCGCGACGUCACUAGGAUCUGGCAUCUUCCUGUAAUGAUGGAGGCAGCUCUGGAGCAGCACCUAGAGGAGACGAUGAAGAUCCCGUCUAUUGUUGGAAUCUUGUGCACAGAUUCUCAGGGACUUAACUUGGGCUGCUGUGGAAGUCUCUCUGAUGAGCACGCUGGUGUCAUCUCCAUACUCCCACAACAGGCAGCUCAGCUUACAGCAGAUCCCACCGACAUGCCAGUUGUAUGCUUGGAAUCUGACAACGGAACUAUCAUGAUUCAGAAGCAUGACCGCUUGACUGUAGCAGUUCACAAAAUGACAUCCUGAGAGCUUCUCUACUGGGCAGAAAAAUAAAUGCUACACUAGACACCAUCUUCUGUGAAUCUGGAUUUUAAAGAAGGCCCUUCUAGAAACUACUUUAUUAACCUGUUUAGAAUUGACUGAAAGUCACUUCUCCAGGCAUCUCAAUUGGCAUAAAUCUGGGUUUUUGCCUUACAUCGGCUCUAUCGGACCUCUAACACCACAUUUUUAGAUUUCCCUUAAAGGGAACCUGUCACCUGGAUUUU